UUUUUUACCGAGUCGAGUUGGGAAAAUAUGAGAAAGAAAAACGGACUGAGUCAACUCGCUGCGAACCAGAGUCCAAGCGCGAGUUGGCGAUCUGAGCAUUCAAAAAAAGAAAAUUAGGGUUUCUUACAUGUUUUCUCACUUUCUUUCUCAUACAUCUCUGUUCUCUUCGCCUCUCUCGACUCCUCGAGACCUGACUAUCUUCUCUUUUUCUCCCUUCGCCGCCGAUUUUGCCGUCGACUCUCUCCUUUCCUUCCAGGGUUCUUCUUCCUCCGUCGAUUCUGAUUCGACGCUCGUCUCUGGGUCUCGGACUCUCACUGGUUUCCAUGGAAGCUGUAAUCAAGAAAUACCAGCAGAAGUUCCGAAAGGCCCAAAGCGAGAUGGAAAAGUGGGAAGCUUUUCAACUUCGAUUCGUUUCGCUCUUCAGAAACGCUUCUUCUAUCAUCCUCAGAUUACAUGAUAUUCAAGAUUCUCGGUGUUAUGGGGUUUUGAAAUGCAUAUCAGAGAUCGAAGACGCAGUUUUGAAGAAGCAGAUGGAUCAACUGGAGACUCUUUUGCUUUCAAUGAGAAAGAUUUUGGAGGAAUUCAGGGUCAGUGCUUUGGCAUUUGAGAAGCUUCAUCGGGAUGCGGCUCAGUUAGUAAAAACCGGCUCUAACCAACUGAGCAAGAAACAGCUGCAACAUCGGAUUGGAGUAAAUCCUUGCAUCGAAGAUUGCCUAAACGGGCUUUAUCUUCUUUAUGACAUGCAUCGGUCCGAGUACCUUCUGAAAUCUUCAUUGUUUUCCUCACUGUCCCAUGCCGUUGUCAACUCAAGUCCGGGCGAUCUCACAGCGCUCCAACAACUCGUGGUAGAUCAGCCAAACAUCCAGAAAGAAGAAGUUCAACACAUCUUCGACAUAAUCUUCGCAGGCGAGAUCACCUAGGGAGUCGUAUGUCUGUCCCGAAUCCAGCGAGCCGGCUCGUCGAGAGAUCCGAUGCCUCGGAUCUUUUGGAGUUGAUUCCAUUAAUCUGAACCGUAGAAUCUGAGCUUUUGGAGUUGAUUCCAUUCAUCUGAACCGUAGAAUCUGAGCUGGCGCCUAACCGAGGGAGCCUAUGACUAUGAGGAUCUUCGGACAACAGGCCAUGAUCUCUGUACUGUGGACUCGCUUUGAUGUAAAAAACCGCAAACCCUGUGGCAGUAUUAUUACCCAUUCCCAAUAUUUUUUUAUAAUUAUAUAAAUUGUUCAUUGUAUAUAUCAUACUUCCUCUUUU